AUGUCGAAGGCCUUUGGCACCUUUUCAGGCGCUUACAGUCGCCACCAGAACUCUGGCAUGCCGCACAUGGAUGGCCACAGCAGCUUCACUCAUGGCCAGCGCAAACGCUUGAACAUCGUUGCUGUGCUGGCCAAUGUCCUGACACCUUGGUUGGUCUUCUGCGGCGUUUUCACUGCUAUGUCCUUCUACACUCAUUACACCAGUCCUGUGCUUGCCUGGCUGGUCGUGCUGGCAGGUGUGGCCCUCUCUGGACUGGCAGGCUUCAUGGCCCACCGCACCAAGCUCAAUGACCGUGAUCCCACGUGGUACACUUUCGCCUGCCUGGCAGCGGGCAUCGCCACCAUCUUUGCGGCCAUCUUGGGCGACAUGAACUACUGGUACAACAUGCAGCCUUACUACGACAUCGAGAACAUCAACACCUAUCCCUCUGUCAACCCAGCCAGGGAGAAGGGACAGCAAUUGAUGGAUGCAGGGCGUGUCUACUUCGAAGAUGGCACUGGGCUGGAUACUUCCAAAUCGAUGGCGUUCAGGAACUUGGAUAGGUACUGCGUGGUGCCCAUUGUCUUUGGUCAGGAGCCUUUGGCUUCCUAUGACUUCUGGGCGGUGGGAGUGAACUGCUGCAGUGGCACCACUGCAGACUUCCGUUGUGGAGAGUACGACAAUCCAAAAGCUCGAUCUGGCUUGCGGCUGAUGCGCGAGGACCAGAGGCCCUUUUUCCGCCUCGCAGUGCAGCAGGCGGAGGCAGCUUACAACAUCAAGGCAACUCAUCCGCUCUUCUUCUACUGGAUGCAGGACCCCGUCGCAGAAGUCAUGUCGUACCGCGGAGAUGGCUUCAAGUAUGCCCUCAUUGCCAUUGCCACCCACUUUGCUUUCAAUCUUCUGUGCGUGGCCGGUGCAGCCUUUGCCUUCUCAAAGAUCAGCCAUGAGUUCUGA